AAUCAGAGACUCAAACUCAGUGCCUUGUGUCCCACAUCGAACCACAAAGAGAACCCAGACAAAGUCACCUCUCAAAUCGAAUAGGUUUAUGAGUUUAACAUGACUUAGUUUCAUGUUUCAAUCUACCCACUAAGUAGCCACCUACCGUCUCCCACCCACCACCAAAAAUCCCAAUUCCUAAUCCCAUUUUGUUUUUUCUUCUAUUUAUAGCUUCAAUCUUUGGACCAAAGCUUCAAUCUUUUCUCUCUGUUUGUGAUCAAUGGAGGCUCAACUGUUCAGGGCCUCUUCGUCUUCUGCGAUUCUCGCUGCUCCUCGAGCCUCAGGAUUCAAUUACUCGGUGGCCCUGAGAAAAAGUCACAGCUUCACAUGUGUCAGUUCUGGCUUAGCUAAGAAAGGAAGCCUGUCAGUUCAGGCGACCGUAACUUCAAAUGGAACGUUGGUCACAAAGAAUAGGGUGGAUGAAACUGAUAAUUUGACCCUAGAAGGUAUAAGACACUCUUUGAUUCGUCAGGAGGAUAGCAUCAUAUUUAGCCUUCUGGAGAGAUCUCAGUAUUGUCAUAAUGCGUCUACAUAUGACCCCAAUGCUUUUCCUAUGGACGGGUUCCAGGGCUCUUUGGUAGAGUACAUUCUUCAAGAAACAGAAAAACUUCAUGCUCAGGUGGGUAGAUACAGCAGUCCUGAUGAGCAUGCUUUCUUCCCAGAGCACCUGCCUGCUCCUGUGUUACCGCCUCUGCAAUACCCUGAGGUGCUGCAUCCCAUUGCCCGCUCAAUUAAUAUAAAUAAAAAGGUCUGGGAGCUGUACUUCAGAGAUAUCCUUCCAAGACUGGUUAAGGAAGGAGAUGAUGGUAAUAAUGGAUCAACUGCUGUUUGCGACACAAUGUGCUUGCAGACUCUUUCAAAGAGAAUCCAUUAUGGUAAAUUUGUAGCAGAGUGUAAGUUCCGCUCCGCUCCAGAGUCCUAUGAAGCUGCCAUUAAAGAACAGAAUAGGGACAAGCUGAUGGCUUUGUUGACUUACCCAACUGUUGAGGACGCAAUCAUCAAGAGGGUGGAAAUGAAAGCCAAAACUUAUGGGCAAGAGGUUACAGUGUACAAAGUGAAAGAGGAACAACCCGGCUUGCAGGUUUAUAAGAUGAAACCAGAAUUGGUGGCCGAUUUGUAUGGGGAAUGGAUCAUGCCAUUGACAAAGCAAGUUCAAGUUGAAUAUUUAUUAAGAAGGUUGGAUUAAGAGGUUAUCUCCAAUACCUAUUUGACUGAAGUACAAAAAUUUGUGUUUCUUUAGACAACUCGCUAUAUGUAAUUUGCCAGUUCAUGUUAUUAUUUUGUGAUUAUAACAAGCACCGUCCUAUUUGAUUGUGUAAGUUUCGAAAUAAGCAUCAUAGCCAUAAAAUGGAUGGACUUCCAAUCUUGAUUGGUUGCUGACCUUGCUUUGUCUACAAGCUUUAUAGAAUAUAUUGAAAAAUAGCCAUGAGCCAGAAGGCUGUGCAU